AGCACCAGAGGAGCCUCGAUCCCGUUCUCACAGCAGCGGUGCGGUGGGAGGAUGAGGGAAGACUAGAGACAUGGGACCGUACAUCUCCUGCAUGCGACGCAGAACUUGAACCCCCAAUGCUGCUGCUGGACUUUCUGAUGCUACGGAGAAACUCAAAAACUUUGAGGCUUCAAGGAUGUUCUUCUCAGAUAGGACUCUCUCAGCCGUCACUUAUGCGCUCCUGUUGGGAAUAACGUGUCUGACCGUCCUCUGCGACCUCACCAAGGGCUCUUCAGACUUUUCAGGUUACCUGUCCAAAGUGUUGAGGAACUACACCGAGCAGGCCUGUGACGGAGACUUCUUGUCUGUACGCUGCCCGCCACGCACCACCAUCACUGUCCAAUCGGCUUUCUACGGAAGGAAAGGCGCCUCGGACCCUCAGCAGUGCCCUCAGAGCUACCAGGCCCUCCUCAGUUCUUAUAACCGUCGGGAGGAUGAUCGAUAUUGUUCUGUGUCCACUGCACUACAGAAAAUGCUGGACGAGUGCCAAGACAGAAGGAGCUGUCAAGUCCUUGUCAACAGCCGCGUGUUUGGGACAGACCAGUGUCCUGGCAGCAGUAAAUACCUCAUUGUCUGGUACAAAUGCAGACCUAACGAGUAUAAGAGUAAGGUGGUCUGUGAGGAGGAGAGGAUGAGGCUGAGCUGCAAACGGGGUAUGCAGAUCGCUGUUUACUCCGCCAUGUUUGGCCGAACUCAACAGGGCACCUUGGAGUGUCCCCUGCACCACAGGAGGGCCCCGUCAGUAGACUGCCAGUCGUCUUUGGCUCUGCAGGUCCUGACCGCCCGCUGUCAGGGAAAGAAAAGCUGUCUGGUUCGAGCAUCAACGAAAGACUUUGGAGAUCCGUGUUAUUCCGGCACUAGGAAGUACCUCAGUGUCAUCUACACCUGUGUCCCAAAGAAGUUGCUCCAGGAGCACGGACCCAGACCACCGGUGUACUCCCCUCCACCCAGCACCCAUGACCCCAACAUAGUGGGAGACAGCCCUCCGGAAGGGAGCUCAGUCAAAAGCCCUGACGCUGUUACAGAUAGGAAGAAGAUUAGGGAGACCGAUCCCAACGAGGAGAAGUUUUCCGAAGCCGGAGGAGAAGGAGGAGAAAAUCCACUGCGGCCCCCAGGCAUGAAUCCCAUCAUCAACUCCACUUCUAGCGCCAACAUGGCCCUCAUCAGCAACGCACUGGCAGCCUACACUUACAUAUCAGACCACCCAGAGAGGGCCGCACUUUUCUUCGUCUGUGGCGUGUGUUUGGGCCUCUUCCUCACACUCUUUGCCUUGGUGGUCCAGAUCUCCUGCCGCACCGACUGCCAGCCCCGCCAGCGGCCUCCCGCCAAGAAACGAGCACGCCCCGCCGACUCAUCCUCAGAUUCCAGCGACUCGGACUCGGACUGGGACACCACCUCAGAUCUGUCGGCACGACGGCACCGGCGGUUUGAACGCACACUUAACAUGAACGUGUUCACGUCGGCGGAGGAGCUGGAAAGAGCGCAGAGGCUCGAGGAGAGGGAGCGAAUCAUCCGGGAGAUCUGGAUGAACGGGCAACCUGACAUCCCCGGGACACGGAGCCUCAACCGGUAUUACUGAGGACUGCUAAAGGGCUUUUUUAUAGAAAG